AUGCGUUCUACUUUCCCGACCCAAGCGGCUGUCAUUGCCUACGCAACAGCUGCUUCGGCCAUACACUCUCUGAGCGACAUCUGCACAGAUGCAUACACGAAAGCUGCAUUACCUGUUGACGUAAUUGAUAGCAUUACCAUCGACACUUCCUCCGUUUCGGCGAGCUUGGUUACCAACUUCACCGCCGAGUCAAUCUUCUAUCCUACGUCAACUUUCGACUACUGUAAUCUGACCUUUGCAUAUUCUCACAAUGGCAUUGAGGGAGACAGAGUACAUGUCCAGUAUUGGCUUCCAGCUCCCGGGAAAUUCAACAACAGAUAUGUGUCUACUGGAGGAGGUGGUUGGGCUAUCAACUCGGGAAGCUCUUCGAUCCCUACCGCGGUUAUCGUUAAUGGUGUCGGCGGCCUGACUGAUGGAGGCUUUGGAAGCUUCGAUACCCAAUUCAGCGAGGCAGCCUUGCUUGCUAAUGGAACCAUCAAUUGGCAAGCAACAUACAUGUGGGGCUAUCAAGCACAACAUGAACUUGCUGUCCUGGGCAAGCAAUUGACACGAAACAUCUACAAAGUGCCUUCCAGCAAGAAGAUCUACUCCUACUACCAGGGUUGCUCCGAGGGAGGUCGUGAGGGAUGGAGCCAGGUUCAGCGGUUCCCUGAGCAGUUCGACGGUGUUGUUGCCAUGGCCCCUGCCUUCCGAUGGGCUCAGCAGCAGACAAAUCACUUAACUGGCAAUGUCAUGCAAAAGGACCUCGGCUCUUUUCCUUCCCCCUGUGAGUUGGAGAAGAUCAUGAACAUGACCGUCAAAAGCUGCGAUCCUCUCGAUGGCAAGACUGAUGGCGUUGUGUCCCGCUCUGACUUGUGUCUCUCCCACCUUGACUGGAAUGGUAUUGAAGGGGCUUCGUUCUCUUGCGCGGCUGCUGUUGCAUCCUUUAUGUCCGCUGCUACACCCGCAGUGAAUGGUACCGUAAGCGCCAAGACGAUCGAGCUUGUCAAGAAGUACUGGAACGGUCUCCAUGACUCGAACGGCGAUCUCGUCUACUUCAGCUACCAGCCUGGUUCGACCUUCACCGAUCUUCAGACUAAGUACGACUCUACUUCCAAGACUUGGGAGCUCGACAUCAGUGCCCUCGGCGGAAUUUGGAUUGCCCAGUUCAUCGACUAUAUCAAGGAUGCCGAGAACAUCAACAGUCUUGAAGGUGUCAACUACGACACUCUGACAGAGUGGAUGAUUUUCUCUCAGGCCAAGUACGGCGAUAUUCUCCAGACCACCUACCCUGAUCUUUCCGCCUUCCAAGCUGCCGGCAGCAAGGUUCUCCACGCGCACGGUGAACAGGACUUCUCGAUCCCUACUGCCUCCUCCGUCCGUUACUGGGAUUCUGUCCGCCAGAUCAUGUUCCCAAAUAAGUCCUACCGUGCGGGCGCUGCCGCUCUCGAUGACUUCUACCGCCUCUUUCUCAUUCCCGGCGUGGGCCACUGUGCUGUCAAUGACUACCAGCCCAAAGCUCCAUGGCCCCAGACUACCCUCCAGACUCUUAUCAAGUGGGUUGAGGAUGGCGAGGCCCCUGCGACGCUUGCUGGAUCCGGUGAUAUUCCUGAGAUUUGCAGAUGGCCUCUCCGCCCUCUCUGGACAAAUAGCGGCAAGAAUUUCCAGUGUGUCUACGACCAGGACUCGGUGGAUGCUUUCACCUACGAUCUGACCGCGUUCAAGAUUCCUGUGUACUAG